ACAUGCAUUAUGAGGCAAUUAAACAAACAAAAAUUGCCCUUUCUCCUCUUUUGAACCUCCAUGCAUGCCCUUCCAUGAAUGCUUUGGAGACCACAACAUUUUUUUUCUUAGGAUGAACAAAGAGAAAGUGAUUGUUCAUCAAUGGAUAUCAGGCAUCACUCUGCGUUUGGGGUCGUCAAAGAAGCCGGCAACACCUCCAUUGUAUGCCAAAACCCAAACAAGGGUGCCCCUAAAGGCAUAUGGCUCGGCUACGAGAGCCCUUUGCAGUACACCACCCCUUUGUUCAUGGCCCAGCUCACCCUCGUCUCCUUAUCCUGCUUGCUCAUCAAGUGUAGCCUCCGUCCUAUGCGCCAACCCUCCAUUGUUCCCCAAGUUCUUAGUGGGGUGCUCUUAGGUCCAUCAAUCUUGGGACAAUUCGAGUUGUUCCGGCACACUUUUUUCCCGAGGGGGAGCCUCAUGAUCUUCGACACGAUGGCAGGGUUCGGAGUGUUGAUCUUCCUAUUUGGGGUUGGGGUGGAGAUGGAGACAAAACGGAUGCUAAAGCCAAGCCGGUCGGCGGCGGCCCUAGGCAUCCUAAUGAUAGCGGGAGGGUGCUCGUUCAUGGUCCCGCUAUCCCUUCUACUCAGACGCCUCAUCGAAAUGGACCCCAGCCUGAAACGCACCCUCCCGUACAUAGCGGCGUCCCAAUGCACCACCGCCUUCCCUAGCAUUUGCCCUUUUCUCAAAGACCGGAAGAUCAUCAACACGGGCCCGGGCCGGAUUGCCAUCUCCGUCUCCCUCUUCUCCGAGGUCAUUGGCAUGUCAUUGGCGGUCGUGAACUACGCCUUCCAACCCCUCUUGCAAAACCGUGUGGGCCACCCCUUGCUGAACUCCAUUGGUGGGCUCAUCUCGAUGCUCUCUUUCUUGUUCGUCUUGGUGUGCGUGAUCCGCCCUCUGAUCGUCAGGAUCAUCGCUCGUCUCCCGCAAGGGAAACCCGUAGGAGAGUCAUGCAUCAUGGGGUUUUUCGUCCUCUUCCUGGCAUGCGGGUUGCUGACCGAGGUCAUCGGUCAGCAUUUUGCAGUCGGGGCACUAGCGGCGGGCAUCGUCAUCCCUCCGGGCCCGCCGCUAGGGUCAACCAUAAUCAAGAGGUUGGAAUAUCCCAUCGCGAUGUUCUCUUACCCGACCUUUCUUGCCGCGAGCGGACUCAAAACCGACAUCUUCACUAUCCACGCCAGGAGCUUGCUGGUUCUGUGCAUUGUGGUGGUUUUUGCAGCGCUGUGUAAGGUGGUGAUAAUGGUGGUCAUCGGCAGAUUCAUGGCCAUAAGCUUUACAGAGUCUGUUGUUGCUGGUCUUAUGUUAAAUGCAAAGGGACCCACUGAGCUCAUCCUCUUCAACCUCUGGAAGGACAUCAAGAUUCUCAAUGAUGAGGAAUUCACUCUGGUUGUGACGGUUUGCGUGGUGGGAACCAUGGUGGUGCAGACGCCAUUGAUAUGGUUGUUGCUGAAAUCAGUAGGGGAUCAAACGCCCUUUAAGCGGAGAACAAUACAACACCUAAAACAAGACAUGGAGCUAAGAAUACUGGUAGCCAUCAAAGAUCAAGAAACCCUUCCUUCCAUCGUGAACAUUCUAGAAGCUUCCAAUGCCUCCGAGGAACGUCCGGUCGCCGUCAUAGCUCUCAUCCUCGUGGAGCUUGUGGGCCAGGCGGCUCCAAUCCUCAUCGCCCACCAAUCCUCUCAACGGAAUCUCCACGCGGACACUUCAUCCUCCGCACAAAUCAUCAACGCGCUGAGACAGUACGAGCUCAACAAUGAGUCCACCGUGACCGUCCAGCCGUACACGGCCGUGUCACAUCCUGAGAUCAUGCACGACGACAUAUGUAGGUUGGCAAUUGACCAAAAUGCCACCCUUUUGAUCCUCCCGUUUCACAAGCACUGGGCGAUUGACGGUUCCAUUGGAACCGUCGAUAGAGCCGUUGAACACAUGAACUCCAAAGUCAUGGAGAAAGCGCCAUGUUCUGCCGCAAUUCUUGUGGACAAGGGGACCUUAACCGGUUCCUUAACAAUAUUGAACAGCCAAUCCAUUUAUAAUGUGGCCAUGAUCUACAUCGGUGGUGCCGAUGAUGCAGAGGCCUUAUGCUAUGGGGCCCGCAUGGCGAGGCACGCUAAUGUGAACCUCACCGUGCUACGGUUCCUCUUAUUUGGGUACGACAAUGCCCGCGAGAGACGUCUGGAUAAUGACAUCAUCGAAGCCAUUCGCUACGCAAAUGCCGGAAACCAGCAUUUCAGGUACCAUGAACAUGUUGUGAGGGACGGCGAAGGAUUCGUCGCUUCACUUAGGAACAUGGAAGAUGUUUUUGAUUUGUUGUUAGUGGGGAGGAGCCACCAGGACUCUCCGUUGCUAGAGGGGAUCGGGGCAUGGAUCGAGUGCCCCGAGCUUGGGGCAGUCGGUGACUUCUUGGCAUCAUCAGAUUUCAGCAGUACCGCCUCACUGCUGGUGGUGCAACAGCAGAGAAUUGGUGGGAAGUUGGUCGGUAGAGCUACUAAGCCGGUGGUGGUUCACACCCAAGACUUUAUGUUCGAAAACAAUUCAUCUAGGCAUAGUGGGGUAGCGCCCCCGUCAUUCGGUAGCGAAAAUUCUAGAUGGGAUAGGGUUUAGCAUGAUUUGUAUCUCAGAUCAAGUAGAGAACACACGUAUAUAACAUUGUGUUUUACUUUUCAAGUAUGCUCUUAGUUAAGG